AUGACUUUGGGCUGUUACCCUGGAGCAGCAGUUACAAGCUUACAGGAAGCUGGCACAGGCACUAGUGGACGAGGACGCCGCUUUGGACAGAUCCUUGACAUCCGGGCCAUACUAAAUCAGGAAACCAGAAUGGGAACAGAGGAAGAGACUGGUAAAAUCGAUCCGCAGGUGAGUGUUAAUCGAUUCAAAACGGUAACUAGCUGCAUUAUAAGUCAUUAA